AUGACAGAGCAAAUUGUUAAUUUAAAUGUUGGCGGACAGAGGUUUGCAACUUCACGACAAACUUUGACAUGGAUACCGGACACGUUCUUCACAAGCUUGUUGAGUGGACGAAUUCCUACUGUACGCGAUGAAACAAAUGCGGUUUUCAUUGAUCGAGAUCCGGGAAUGUUUCGAAUAAUUUUAAAUUAUCUACGGACAAAGCAAAUUGAUUUAAGCGGAGUGAGUUUGAUGCAUUUAAAACAUGAAGCACAAUAUUACGGCUUGGGACCUCUAGUGAAACGGUUAACUUUAUGUGAAGAAUUAGACGAAUGUGCUUGUGGCGAUGUACUUUUUAAUGCUUACUUACCUCCGCCUGCAUUACCCUUAAACGAAGGUUCAUCAUCAUCAUCACCAAAUUCUGCAAGAAGCCAGAAUACGCCUAAUUCGUCGACAGAUUCACGUGGCUUAAUUUCGGUUCCCUUUCCUUCUCUUCAUUCUCGAAGUUUAAGUGAACACGCAGCAGUGCCUGAAGUUGAAAUGGCAUCUGGUAUUUCUUCAUUCAGAGCAUCACAGCAGCCACGUUUGCUUCCAAGCAUGGAAGCUAAAUUUCAGGUGCCACAAGCUGUGGAAGUACUGGUCAACAAGACAGUAAAAGGCAGCUCAAGUUUGCCCACAAAGCAGCUGUCAUCUGUUGAAAGUCAUGAAGAUCUAAAAUUUCCAGUCAAUACAGAAAAAUCGAAUGUAGCAAGCUUAUCAAUGGAAAGCAGCAGCAGCACAUCAAGGACCAUGUCACAACAUUUUGCUUCACAUUUCUCAGCAGUUAGCCCAGAUUUUAUGACCGCAUACAAUGUUUGCAGUAACCCUUCUAAAAUUUACCAAAGCCACAUGAAAAAGAGUUCGUUUGAAUUGACCCGUCAGUUGAAAGGUGAGCUAUCAUUGCUGACGCGUUACUCUGCGCGAAUGUCUGAUCAGCUGUCAGAGCCGCUACGAGUUCGAGUGAUUAGAGCACAUUAUAAUGCAGUUGCCGUAGGCUAUGCAUAUUUUGUGUGUUGUUACAGAAUGAAAGAAAGUUUGGGUUGGCAACAGCUGUAUAUAUCACCACGUAUGGAUGCUGUUGUUCGUCAUGUUGCGUUGUAUGCAAAAUUUGGAGAAAAAAUGUUAGCCGUUUCAUUAGCUAAUAAUGCUAUAUAUUUGUGGAAUAUUUCAGAAGGAGAUGCGAAUUUUGGAACCAAAAUUGGAACGUUCACUCUGUUGGUUCCUGUUGAUAAGUUGUUCUUUAUUGGGAGCCAGUUGGUAGCACUGAGUAAAAUUGGCAAGGUUGGAAUCUGGCAUUCAAUGACGCAUAAUUGGCAAGUCCAAGAUGUCGUCGCGAUAUCUUGUUAUGAUACAGCGGGAUCAUUUUUGCUUCUUGGGUGCACCAAUGGAUCCAUUUAUUAUAUCGAUAUGCAGAAAUUCCCUUUGCGUAUGAAAGAUAACGAUUUGCUGAUUACGGAACUUUAUCGAGAUCCAAACGCCGAUAUUAUCACCGCUAUAAGCGUUUAUCUGACGCCGAAAACAAAUCUACGUGGAAAUUGGAUUGAAAUUGCUUAUGGAACUUCAAGUGGUAGUGUCCGAGUGAUCGUACAACAUCCAGAAACAGUGGGUCAUGGUCCACAGUUGUUCCAAACUUACACCGUCCAUACGUCUCCAGUUACACGAGUUGCUCUUACAACCAACCAUCUUAUCAGCGUGUGCAGCGAAUAUAAUCAUGUUCGUUCCUGGGGUGUAACGCGUUUUCGUGGCAUGAUUUCGACGCAACCGGGUAGUAUAUCUUUAGCAUCUUUCAAGAUACUUACUCUUGACAGCACUGAUGAUAUGCUUGAUGCGGACGGAAACGACCCAGGACCAUUUGGUGAUCAAGAUGGCGAGCAAGUUUUUGUUCAACGAGUAGUACCCGGUACUAAUCAAGUCUUUGUAAGAUUGGCGUCGAACGGCGACAGGCUUUGUACCAUUCGAACUGUUGGUGACUCGGCAAUAACUGCCUUUCUGGUUCAUGAAUGUGAAGGUUCACGUGUAAAUUCAAGACCGAGGAGAUUUUUGUUCACUGGAACUUCCAAUGGUUCCAUCCAAAUGUGGGACUUAACGACAGCUCUGGAUCAGUACCAUGCUAGUUUAUCAUUUCCAAAUUUUUUUCUAGGUAAUCAAGCGAGUGGAGCUGAUAAAACAGCUGGUACUGUAUCCACAACUACUACAGCAUCUACUACCGCCAAUGCUAUGCUAUUUGCAAAUCGAGUUAGUGAUGCGGUGCGACAGGGACCAACUCCCGAUGAACUUCUCCGCUUAAUUGAUGGUUGUGAGAUUUGUUGUGCUAGCCUGACGACAACACCUUCAAGUGCACAACAUGCAUCCUCCAUCCAUUUAUCCUAA